AUGAAGGGGAAAUGUGUGUGCGUCCUAUGGGGCGAAUGCAGGCCUUCGCUGAAGCCUGGAGAGCGAGAGGGUGCGCACGGACCCCUCUCGCUCUCCAGGCUUCAGGAGAGCCCCAGCGCCAGCCCCACAAGGUCGGGGGACAGCGGGGAGGCGGAACGCCGCCAUCCCGCUGUCUCCCGAUGUGGUUUGGAGGCGGGCGGUGGGGAGAAGAACGCUUCUCCCCGCUGCCUGCCCCGCAAGCUCCAGGGACAGCUGGGAGGCGCAGCACGUCUUCCUGCUGUCCCCGGACCUGGUCUGAAGGCGGGCGGCGGGGAGAAGAGCGCUUCUCCCCGCUGCUGGCCCCACAAGUGCCUGGGGGGAAAAUAA